GAUCGUUCAAAGAGGAUACCUCAAGCUGACUAUUCGGGGUGAAAAUUAACAACAGUACAAAUAUGUGGGCAUUCAAAACGCUUUCAGUGCUGCUGGUGGCAGGAGUUGUAUUAGCCGAACCACCCAAACCUGGAUACAGUGGAGGCGGAUACAGCAGUGGUGGUGGAUACAGUGGUGGAGGUGGAUAUAUCGAUGGAGGCCAUGUAAGCUCCGGUAUCAGUGAUUUCAUUAUUUUGACUGGUACCACUCAUGGUGGAGGUCAUAGCAGUGGGUACAGCGGUGGACAUAGUGGGGGUGGUGGACAUGGGGGUCAUAGCAGCGGAUACGAUGGAGGUCAUAGCAGUGGAUAUGGUGGUGGACAUAGUGGAGGUGGCGGAUAUGGGGGUCAUAGCAGUGGUGGACACAGUAAAGGUCACGGAGGUUCAGUCCUAAUCUUUAUUGUAACCGAUGCUGCUGAAAGUGGACACGGUGGUGGCGGAUAUCCCAAACACGAAACUCCUAAUCCUGUUUAUAAAGCACCUACACCUGUUUACGAGGCACCAAAACAAUCAUAUGGACCACCACAUUACCGAUAAAACAUUUUGAACAAAAGAAGGAGAAAGUGUCGCACCUGUUAUAAGUUUAAUAAAGUUAACUUACAUUUAUGAAUUAUUGUUGUUACUAGAAUUAAUCACGUAAAUGUUAUGUAAGAACAGAGAGUACUCCUAUUUGAUUCAGGCUGGAGCUGUUCGUUGUGACAUUUUUUCACAUGCAUAUUAUAUAACUGAUAACAAUCUAUUCUAAAUACGCUGUCGA